AUGUCUCGCAUCAUUUUAAUAGCUCGUCAGUUUCAUCUUUCUAUCAACCCGUCUGCCUCGUUAUUUUUUUAUCUAUCAAUCUGCCUCGUCAUUUUUCUACCGGUCCGUCUGUUUUGUUAUCAUCCUAUUAGUCCUUCUGCCUCGUCAUCUUUUUCUUCAUUAGUUGCGCGCCUCCUCAUCUUUCUAUCUGUCAAAUUGUCUGCCUUGUUACUUUCUACUUCGGAAUCUUUCUAUGUAGGCAUAAAACUGUGUCGUUAUCUCUUUAUCUAUCAGUCCGCCUGCCUCUUAAUCUCGCCAUCUACCUGUCCCGCCAUCUUUCUAUCUAUCAAUCCGUCAGCUUUCUAUCAGUCCGUUGAACUAGCCAUCUUUCUAUCUACUUGUCCGUCUGCCUCGGCAUCUUUAUAUCUAUCUGUCCGUCUGCAACGGCUUCUUUGCCUGCCUCAUAAUCUCGCCCAUCUACAUGUCCGUCUCCCCAGUCAACUUUCUUUCUAA